UGAGGCUACUUGUUUGUUUCGCGCGUGUUAUCAAUUCAAAGACGAUAGUGUUUGAUUUGAUGUCGUUUCAAAUUUAAUUUGUGAAAAAUGACUGCUCUUUUGAAAAACGUGACGAACUGUAUAUGGUAUGCGUUUGAUUCGUUGCAAAAUAAUGACGUUGUACACAAAUCUAAAUUAAAGGUACUAACCGCAAACAUAGGCACCCUACUUGACCUGUACGGCGUGGAAAAAGGGCUGGACCACUUCAGGUCAUCCCAGGAGUUGACAUUCGACGAGUUCAAAUACUACCUCCAGCACGAAGUCUUCAGUUCCCUGCCGAAGACGGUAACUCUGCCUAUCAUCAGGGAAUAUGAGAAGAAAAUAAGCGAGGUGUGCUGGCUGGUCUGCCGUAAGCGUCUCCUCUUUAGGGACAAGUCGGUUUUCGGAGACGACUCCGUUUUCAAGCUCUUCAGGAUAUUCUGUCUUCUCGCUGACUUGGUUCAAGACGCUGACGACACCAAUCGAUAUGUGGUAGUCCUGCACCCUUCCGAAGCAGGAAUCGUGGCGGAACAACUGGUCCACUGCCUCGGUCUGCGCUGGGACGCCGCUGACUGGGAGGCCCUCGGUUCUUCCAUAGGCCACUUCAAAUGGGCCGCCUUUCUGGCAGUCCUAGAGGCGAAGUACUGCUGCGACCAGCAACUACACAACCUAGCCUUGAUAGAGGCUGUCGAUGAAAUUUAUGAUGUUUUCAUUGAGGAUAUUAUUAAGAAGGGUUACCUAUUAAAACGAGGAUAUCUCUUACCAACGAUGCGUGAAUACUGGUGCGUGCUGCAGCCCUGCGCCCUCACAUACUACAAGAGCUCGUCGCAGAAGGAGCAAUGCGGCAGGAUCGUCAUAGACGAGUACUGUUCGGUGGAAGCAUCGGCAGGAGACGGAAAGAUACAGCGCUUCCAACUCAUAACCCCUGAUCGGACUUUUGAAUUCGGCACUCAAGAUCACAAAAGUCGCCUCCAAUGGAUAUCGUCGUUGCGUCAAGCGACCGCAGUCUCGGGUGGUGCUGAAGGCUAUCAGCGCAGAGCGAGGGCUGGGAGAAGAGGAGCUGGGGCCAGGAGAGAGAAGGAAGCAAGAGAAACGAAAGCCAGACUGCAGCAUGAAGUUAGAGCCAGACUAGCAGCUGAAGCACAAGCGCAGGAACUAGCAGAGCUAUGUGAACAGGACAACAAGAAGCUAGAAGAACUGAGAAACGCACAAAUCGAACUCGAGAAACUGCUGCAGGAGGAGACCCAGGCCAAACGAGACGAGGAGAUUGUAAGGGCCCUACAAGCAAGAGUAUUAGCCGAAGAAUGGGAAAGACGAGAGGAAUUAGAGCGUUUGCAAGAAGAACAAAACAGAAUGCUGGAAGAAGAAAGAAUGAAACGUAAACAAUUCGAAAUUUUACAAGCAGAGAAAGAAGCACAAUAUAAAGAAGCGGCACAGCGUUUGAGAGACCUUGAAGAUGAGAAGCAGAGGCUGGACGCGGAACUGAAAGCGGCUCAGGAGAAGAUAUCGAAGACUGAACUAACGGCGCACGCGCUACAUGUACAAUUGAGGGAUCUGAGUCCGGCGUUACGUAACGGGGAGAGAGCGAGACGGGCUGUGUCCUUCGUGCCGACCACGAAGAGCUCAUCCGACACCCUCAUCGACAUCAAAGCCAUCCGCCACUCGAAGGUGAUCGAUAACAACGAAAACGUAUGAUUAAAAAACUAGUAGUUAAUCUUUGAAGUGAAACUUCUAAUGCGACUUCUACCAAGGUAGCGUUAAACGUUUAACGCUACAAUGGAAUAGAAAGAGACAGAGCGAGAGGGA